CCUCUUUCACUACAAAUAUCCUUUCCCUAAAACCAUUUGUAGAGAAAGAUUGUAGAGAGAGAGAGAGAGAGAGAGAAGAUGAUUCUAUUCUUGAAAUCAAAUGCAAAAACAGUCGAUGAAAACCACCACCACCACCACCACCAUGAAGAACAUGAAGAAGAUUACCACGAUGACGGCGCGUGGACAUCACUGACAGUGUGGAGAAAAUCACUAGUAUUCAGUUGCAAUGGGUUUACAGUGAUAGACUCUAAUGGUGGACUGGUGUUUAGGGUUGACAAUUACUCCACUGGACGCCCUGAUGAACUCAUUCUCAUGGACGCCGAUGGCACCCCUCUCCUCUCCCUCUGUCGUCGCAAGAAGCUGAGACUCGUAGAUAACUGGCUUGUCUUUGAAGGCGAAGUUGGUGGCUAUUCACAAAAGAAGCCAAUCUGCUGUGUCAGGAAACACAUUAACAUCUUACAAUCUAAUUUCAAUGUGAUUGCUCAAGUGCAUUGUGGGCCAUCCAAUAAGAAGUGUGCGUACGUGAUUGAAGGAUCAUAUGCACAUAGAUCAUGCCGGGUGUUAGAUGAGUCGAGGAGGGUGGUAGCAGAGAUCAAGAGAAAGGAAGCGAUGAACGGUGGAGUUUCUUUUGGGUUAGAGGUUUUUCUUUUGAUCGUACGGCCAGGAUUUAAUCCUAGCUUUGCAAUGGCUAUUGUUUUGUUACUGGAUCAAAUGUUUUCUUAAUUUUAUGGGUGGGGGGUUUCGUUUUUUCAUUUCUUAUUUCUGAAGGUGUAUACCAUUCAUGUGUCUAUUGCUGAGAUGUAUCGAGGUAAAACAAGUUUGUCAAGGAAAAGUUGAACCCAAAUGAGAAUUCCACCUUGAAAUAAAGAGAUCUUAAAAAUAAAA